AAAACCAAUUACCAGUUGACAGACGUCAAUUUUGCUGGUAGUUUCUUUUUAUAAACAAUUAUCCUAGGAAAAAUAUGUAUUUUUUUGCUAUUUUUGUAUAAUAGGAAGUGUAUCAAUGUGGUCUUCAGACAGCAAGAAGAUUCCGGAAGGCCCCUUGCAGAAGGCGGCUCCUCCCGAAGGAAAAACGAUUCUCGGGAUCGUAUCCCGUUUGACAAAAAUGGCGACCGAACAGCCGUGCAAAGAUAUAAAAUUGCUGAAAAAUACGAAAAUCACCGUUUUCGUGGACGAGGCAUUACCAGACAUUCUGGUGGUCACGUACGAAUUUGGCGUAAAAAUUUUCAAAGGGGUUUUGCUAGAUUCUACCAAAAGAAAUUUACCAUGUGGGGUGCCAAACCUCAACCCAGCCUUUGAUAUCCCUGCCAAGACAUCUAAGGACGAUCCCCUGUACUCUGUCAAUCAAAGGUUUGCAUACACAGAACCUGGCGCGGCGAAAAAGCCUAAAGUGCAGAUAUCUAGCAAAUACAAGAACACUAGGAUGACUGUACGACUCAGGCCAAGACAGGUACUAUGUUCCAAAUGCAAAGGCAUAUGCAACGAAAACUCUGAGAACGUGUCCCGUAAGCGCAAGUUCUCCGACAAGCCAGAGCUGUCCUCGCCGCUCCCUGCUCAGUCUGCAAAGAGGGGCCUAAAUGCUCCUGUGACGAGGUCGACAAACGUAUUGGCACAGGUGAGAAAGCCUCCUAGGGACAGGGGCGGGGGACAACAGCAGCAAGCAGGGGCUACCGCGCAGUCUGUGGUGCCGUAUCUUACUAGGUUGACUGGGACAGUGCCUCAGAAUACAGAUGUGACAGAAGGUACUAGCCGAUCAGCUGACUCAUCCUCCUCCUCCAAACGCCAGUCAACCAAUUCUCAGCCCCACCACCAUCAUGAAAACGGCCACGAUUCAGAUCAAAGCAGAAGCAACAAUCAUUCGGAAGACCAGUCUUCUGAUGCGGCAGAUGUCACGGAGAGAGAGGGGGGAGAGGAAGCGGAAGUGGCACCUCCACCACCCGCUAAGCUAAAGAGGAUGUUCCGGAAGAAGCGCAGUGCCAGUUCGACUGAGGAGCGAUGGGAGGAGGCUAGUAGACCAUCAACGACAGUACCAUCCGCCACCAUAUCAGAUCCACCAGGGCCCUCCAUUAGUACCAGAACUAUCAAAAUUUCCUACGGACCUCAAGGAGAAGGCACAGUUUUGAAAAUACCUGCAGAAAGUCUGGAGGAUGAUUCGGAAGAAAAUGUUGACAUCCAUGAUGGUGGUAAAGCAGCGAGAAAAGCACUGAAAAGAGCAAGAAAAGAAGCGAGAAAAAGAAUUAUGUUAGGUGUGGCUUCAGGAGGUGCAUCCCCAAGGUGCAAAGCUGGUGGUCUUUCUCCAAGGUACACAGUAGGUAGUGCUUCACCUCGUCACGGUCUAGGAAACAACUCUCCGCGGUACAUGUACGAAAUAAACAUGCCCAGAAAAAGGAAGCACAAAAUGAAGCAUAAAAAGAAGCAUCGGGAAGAUAAGGAUAGAAAACAUAAAGAAGGAGAGGUGAGUUCGACUCAAGACGACUCCAAAGAGCAGUGUAUCACGCAGAAGCUUUCCAUCAACCUUCGUCGUUUGAACAACACUUACGCUCCGUGUCGUUUGACUGAUAAACCGGACGACGUGUCAAGUUCGGACGAACAUGGGGAAACGGUGCCCGAUUUUCCGCAGGCGAAUCCGCCAUUGAUGCUCAGGAUCAACUCGCAGACAGUCACGAACGCAGUGGGGGCUGACGGCGUUCGCCUAUUAGUGGGAGACGUGGUUUGGGGGAAAAUUCGAGGGUUUCCAUGGUGGCCAGGGAAAAUCUUAACAAUGACUAAUAGCAGCAACCAAGGACCUCAGGCACAUGUGGCGUGGUAUGGAUCAUCUACUUCCUCCUUGAUGCAGUGUGAUCAGCUCAGCCAUUAUUUAGACAAUUUCAAGUUCCUCUACAACAGGAAGAAAAAAGGCCCGUACAAGGAAGCAGUGAAACAAGCAACAAUGGAAGCGCGAGAAAAUGCUGAAAACAGGGUGAGGCAACCAUUAGGAAAUUCACCAUCACACAACAUUAUUCAAGUUGUCCCUCCUGCUCUGGCAUCUCCGAGAGAAAUUGAUGUUGUGUCAUAGAAAAUUUGAAUUUUUGGUCAUGGUAAAUUCAUUUUUCACUGUACAGGGGAAAGAGCGUAGUCGUGUGACUCUGUGGUAGAUUUUUGCUGUUAUGUUCACAGUGCUCAAAAUAUAGGUUAUUUGGAAUAUUAGGUACAUUAAGGGAAUUACAGUGUUUGAGAUACAAAUACUUAAUGUUAGUGUCCGUUUGAAGCAGAUAGCCGAUGUCAUGCGGCGGUAAAGUUUUUUUUAAUUUUUGAAAAGCCUGUUUUAUAUAUCUAGACGCACUUUUAUGGAAAUUCACUUUGCUACUUCGUAUCAUUAGAGAAUUUUUAGUACAACAAAAAUAUCGAACCAUUGAAUCUUAUGUUACGUUAUUUUUGACAUCGAUAGCAAAUAAAGGUGGUUGGAAAAACAAAAGUUUUUAUGACUACCAAAGUGAAUCGUGGUAAUUUGACAGUACUUGAUACCUUAUUAAUUCUUUUCAUAAGAAAGUUUCGGUAAUAUUUAUGAUGGACACGACAUGAAGACAAACCGGACAAGAAAUGAAUAGGUUUGGAAUCAUAGAACCAUAGAAAGACAAGUGACCACAAAACCAGCAGAACUACAAUAAACCGCAUCUUGCAUUUAUUUUUAUUUGUGAUCUAAAACUUUUUAUUUCUAUUUUACUGCUGCGAAAAAUUGAAAUAACGAUCAUAAUAAUCCAGCAGAACAGCGUAGACCACAGCGUCUCUAAAUCGGAUAUAACUGCCAAUUAUCUAUCAUACGAGUCAUCAUACUGAAAUAAAAUGCUUUCAAAAAUAAGAAAAGUCUAUUUCAUUGUAUGGUGUUGAGCUACACACUAAUUUUUGUACUUGUAUAUUUGUCUAUUCUACACAGGGUGUUGUAUAUUUGGAAGCCUUUGUCAGUUUGCUUGCAGAAUAUGUUUAAUGCAUGAUGGAUAUGUGAGUGAGUAUGCUGACAAGGAACAUUUUUUUUUAUUUAAAUGCUAGUUAUCCUGUAAGGACAUUAUUUUCUCAUAUUCUAUGUUUUUCAUUUAUGAUCUAGAUAUUUUUUUAAUUGAUCACAUUCCUUUUAUCCAUAUUAUAUUGCAUAAAAGCACGUGUUUUUUUUAUUCCGGCCAUAUUAGAUUGAAAUUGAGAAAUAGGAAUUGAUUGUGUCAUAUAUUGUCUGCGUAAUAAUGUUGCAAUACAUACUGGAGCCUACCACUAUAUUGCUUGUGACUUUUCAAAAGGAAAAAAAAACAUUUAGGUUGACCAUUGGAGUUGCUUUUUCGCUUCCCAGUAACGAUAAAUACAUUCAUGGUAUGAGGCUAUGCUUUUUCUUAGACCUCCCUGAUUCGGGUGAUAUAUGAUGUUACUUCAUGACCCAUAUUCAAGUAGAAAAGUUCAUCUAGACAUGUUUGUUCCAAUUAUUUUAACAGUAUUGUUCAUUGAAAUAAGACGUUCAGUUAACACUAUAUAGAAGAUAAUCAUGAAUUCCAAUGGCGUCUCGGGGACAGCCUCACAUAUAAUAUUAACAAAAAAUGUGCUUUUAAAAAAAUAUGUAUUUCUUUAUCGGGUUAAUCAGCUGAUAAUACAACUUUUUUGUCUCUUCGUAUCUCUUUGUAUCCUAAUUGUUCAUCACAAGAGUAUUAUCAACAUAUUUUCGACUUUCCAUGAUAGCUUAAUAUUAUUUAUCCUUUGUCAUAAAACUUUAUUUUUUUGAUCUUUGGCAACCUGUAUCUGGGAAACCAGACUUGUUAGGACACAUAUUUAUAUGAACUUUUCCAUUUGAAUUUAGUUCAGGAAUACGCAGUUGUAAUAACGCCGUAUCAUCAAGUAACACCCUGUAUAGGGGCAUGUCAAAGUCUCAGAUUAAGGCCCGUAUCGUCAGUCGUCCCUACAAUUGUAGGGCGUCUUUAUGGCCUCCUUGAUUGUCAUAGUUUUCUACUUCUCCGUGUCAGCGCUCUAUUUUGAGGUUAUGUCACAAACAUCUAUUUGCAUCAAAUUGUGCUUGCUUUUGAGUUAUAUCAUGUUUUAUCAGCCUGAAAUUUCCUACAAUUUAAAAAGAAAACAUAUCUUCACAAUAGGAGAGCGCUGACGCUGACACGGGACAAGUGUAAUCUAGAAAUUUUUGAAGGAGAGAAAGGAGUAUGACAAUCAAGGAGGCCUUUAACGCGCCCUACAAUUGUAGGGACGACUGACGAUACGGGCCUAAAGAGGGUAUUUUUAAGCAAAGUGGUGAUAAAAUGUCUAUAUACAAAAACCUGGCAAAAAUACUUAUAUAGAUUUUUAGGCAUACUUCUACAAAAGGACUGCAUUUUUCACUAAGGUUUUUUCAAAAUGUUUCUUUCCUUCUUUGCUUUUCAACAUUUCAAGGUAAGAAAAAAAUGUUGCCCAGAUCUGUAUUGGUUGUCACAAUCAUUUUAUUCGUAUCUCACUUAUUUGACAGUUUAAAGAAUCAUUACUUUACAAAAAAUUAUACCUGCUAUAACUUUGUCCUGGUAUCAGACGUUAUUAGCAAUUUUUCUUGUUAAGUACCUGGCACAAGUUUUCACCUAUGGAUGAUGAACGGCAUGUCUAAAACACAAAUUUGUGAUUAAAUUGGAAACAUCUUCUAGCAUUUAUAAAUGUGCGGAGAUACGGGUAAAAUAUAUUCUAGCGCAAAAAAACAUGUAUUUAGAAUGGUUAAGAUUGCUGUUAUUGAUACGAAAUUUCAACCAAGAAUUUCUCUGAGAAAAAUCUGAAACUAAGAACUUAGUUGUCAUCUUCCUCUACUAUAUCUAGUAUCUCUGAUUCAUGCGAAUGAAAAUAGAGUAUAUGAAAACGCUUAGUGCUGGUAAUAUACUUCAUGUUUUUCUAGCCGAAUCAAACCACAUAUAUGUUUAAAAUUCUUCUUUUUGUCCCAUCGCGGACCUUUUUCAAGUAUAAUUGACACUUUUGACAAUAUAUUUUGUUUAUGUAUUAUGGUGACACUUUUGUUUUUUUUUUCAUCUACACAUUCCUAUACAGUGUGUUACUCCAAUAGUCUGGACGGUCCUAUAACAUGCUGAGAAUGCGCGAAGCCAUCAUUGCAGUUUUAAGAUGGCACCGCGCAAAACCAGCAAAGCCCAGGACCGCCUGGGGUGAGUAUUCCCUUUCCCAGAAGGAAACCCAGCCCUCUUUUUAAUGUACCAGACUUCUACUAAAAUGCUGCUUGUGCAUUGUUAUGGAUCUGAAGUGCGAGAAACAGUACUUCGAUAUCUAAAGGGAAUCAUGUUGUUUGUCUUGCUAGGAAAUAAGAGGUACUAUUCAAUUAUUACAUAAGCACUAGGCGGGCAGGGGGUCUUCGCCUUGCUUAUUUUUGCUGACAUUUGGGAGGGAGAGUUAAUUAUAAAAAAUCUGCUUAGGUAAUACUUGAACGGUCCCAGACCCACCAAUUUGUCCUUGAGAUGGCAAUGUAAAACAUCUGCGCAACAGAUCCAAUAACAAACCAUAAGAAAAAUCAUCUCAUUUCAGAUCCAUAACAAUGCACAUGCAGCAUUUUAGUCGAAGAUUGAAUAAGAAUUAGGUGGUGAGUGAUAACUGCAGAUCUGAGUUUUUGCGUUUUCGGAGGAUUUUUUGCGUUUUUGGGGCGAUGGACACGGGUGGCAAGUCUAGGAUUUACUACUUGCCCUAGGUGGUCCUGGGCUUUGCCGGUUUUGCGCCAUACCAUCUGAAAAUUACAAUGGCUUCGUGCAAUAUCAGCAUGUUCCAGACGGUUGUGGUAACACACUGAAUAUGAAUGUGUAGAUGAAAGAAAAAACAAGAUGAGGGCCGUAUCGUCAGUCGUUUCUACAAUUAUUGUUAUUAUAUAUUCCAUAGUUUUUUAUCUCCUUCAGAAACGCUGGGAAAUUUCUAGAGUUCUACUGUUCGAUGUCAGCGACAGCGCUCUCCGAUUGUGAGGCUAUGCUUUCUUUUUGAAUUGUAGGAAAUUUGAGGCAAAUAGAUAUUUCUAACAUAACCUCAAAAUAGAGCGCUGACACGGAACACUAGCAAACUAUAAGAAAUCAAGGAGGCCAUAAACUCGUCUUACAAUAUUGUAGGAACGACCCUGAGUCUCACCUGGAAGACAAAUAAACAAAAUCUAUUGUCAAUUGUAGUUCAAAAAGGUCACCCUUGUGACCGAAACGUCUUACAAUAAACCUAUUUUAAACAUGUAUCGUCGGCUUAACAUGCAAAUAUCGUAAGUCCCAGGAGUCAAAUUUUACGAGGGUGAAAAAACUGUUUUCAUGGAUUCAUGAAGUUUAUUAAUCGGAAGUAACGGAAGAAUUUUGCCAAUAAUUAGUAUUGGGUGGUUUAAUAUGGACUUACGGAUAAUACGGAUUAUGGAGCUUGAAACGUACAUAAACUUAGCUUUUGAGGUACAACAUAGCAGCAGCAAAUGAAAAAAAUAUAAAACUAACUAAAAUAAUUGGUGGGUAUCUAAUUUUGCAAAUCAAAUAAUACAUGGUAGGGAGAUAUAUAAGAGAAAACUUAUUCCUUAAAUGACAAAUUAUCAUAAAAUAGAUGGUAAUCUUUGAUUAACCCUUAAAUUGGCAAAGCCAUGUUUUGCAAUUUUUCUGAUAACAGUGGAUGUUGAUAUAUUUAUUGGCAUCCCAAUAAGUGAUUAUAAGAGAAAAAUUGUGAUUUUUAUGGAAUUUUGAGCAGAUACAGGAUGUAUCCGAUAAGAUACAUCACCAAUUUGAGUGAAGUUGUUUGCUACAAUGUAAUGUAUGCUAAGAGAUACACUGCCAAUUGUUAAGUUAUAUAAAAGGAUACAAGAAAAUAUUGUAAAAUAAUUUAUUGAUUGUUUAUAAUGGACAACAUUUGCAUGAAAUAAGAAACCGACAACCUCUAAGCACAAAUAAACGAAAACAUCUUUCAUAAUUGAACAAAAAAUCCAAAGUUGACGUUCACUGGAACCUGUCAACUACUCUGAUGGAAUGUAUAAAAGCAGUUCCGAUCUUUCACUAAACAUAGUCUUGUGCCACACUUGGUACACGCCCAAUGAGUUUCUCCCUUUUUGCAUAAUCGACAUCUACCUUUGCUUAUAUACUGCGGGAAGUGAUCGACUCUGUCAUGUCUUACAUCUAUUGGUGGUCUAACUACAACUGCUUGUUUGAUCCUUUGUUUUAUAUCUACAUUCUCGUUCACUCUCGAGUCAGUUGAUCUUCCUUUCAUUCUCAAUGAUUUCGAGACAUAGUAUCUGAAUUCUUUCAGACUGAUGUUUUCCACGUUGCCCCCUGAUUCUGCACACGUCAGCUUAGUUUCUCGACGGUAAAGAAGCCAAGCAUUAUUCAUGCAUAAAUCUAUCAUUUGAGCAAAAAUAGAUAAAUACCACCGACGAGUCUUCAGCCGAGUUCUGUAAAGUGAAACUAACAUAUCCAUAAGGUCAACUCCACCCAUGUGGCGGUUAUACUGUUUUACAAUACUCGGACAUGGUAUAUCAGUUUUAUCUUUUUUGUGUUUCGUAUACCGUGUAGCAGUAGCUACUGGCUCUACUGAAACAUAAGAGCUCACAAGAAUGACUGCCUUAUUGUCAAACCAUUUAACGCAACUGAUUUUGUUGACGUUAUCAUUUUUGAAGCAAAAUGACCCUCGACCUCUUUUCGCCAAGGCUUUGUCGUUUUCUAAUGAACAGAUCCCCAGCCGAUUGGAUCUUAUUGUGCCGAGAGAUAAAAUUCCGUAGUUUUGUCUCAGUAUGUGCACCAAUUCCAAAGACGUAAAGAAGUUGUCAGAAUACACAGCCGAGCAGAUAGGGGCUUUCAUAGAUUUGCAUAGACUAAGAAUAACUUUCGCUCCUAAUCCUAAAGUAUUCUCUUCGCUGGUAAACUGGUGAUAUUCUCUGAAUGUCUUUUCUCCUCCAUAGAUGAGAAAAUCAUAGACCAAUCCAGAUACACCUGCUCUCACAAAGAUUUUGAAGCCCCACUUUUUGGGCUUAGAUUUUAUAUAUUGCCGCUUUGACCCGGCCUUCUUCCCUUUAUAUGGUACCAUCAUUUCAUCAAUACUCUGUUUUUUCUCUUCUUCUACACUCAUACAAUUUCUUCUCACUAUUUCUAAAGCUGGCCUAAUUUUGAUGUAAGGAUCGUCGUUCUGAUUUGCGUUGUUAACAAAGUGAAUGUGUCUUCUUAUCUGUUGAUAACGUUUUAGCGACAUGAUUUCCGCGAUAUCAUUAUAUCUAAAUUUUUGACUCCAAUAAUCAGUAUAAGCUGGCAUUUCGACUAUUCCCAUCAGGAUUUGAAUAGCCAAAAAAUCUUUCAUUUCCUCGAGUGUGACACAUAUUGAUUUGCCGGUUUGUUGAACUGAGUAUAAAUUAGUGUUGUCAACGAGCAUUUGUAAUAAAUCAUCUGAGAAGAACAUCUGAAAGUAUUCGUAUGGCGUUUUCACUCUAUCAGGCGUGGUAAAAUUGUCUUCUGGAAUAUCUACUGGAAAAGCAAACUGUUCAUUUGUCCAGCUACAUUCAAGUUUUUUCUUUUUCACCUUACUCCUUUUCCUACUGACUUCGUCUUUUAUCAGCUUGUCUCUAACAGCAUGACUCACAUUUUUUCUUUUUUUGCCCGUUUUAGAAUGUGAUCUGGUUUUUAGUGGUGUAAUCGCAAAUGAAGUUCUUGGAGUCGAAAAUGCACAGAGACUUACUUUUUCUGGUGUAUUCUGAACAACUGGGGUUGCUUCAUCUGGAGAAGCGUCAUUGGUGUUUGACAAAUCAUUCAUUAUAUCCUCCAUUACUGCAACUGCUUCAUCAGGAAUCGAUGGAGCCUCGGAAGACUCACUAUUUGAGUCCCUUAUCAUAUCAAACAGCUUUCCAGGAAAUUCUUCAUCUUCACUUGUGUCACUCAGAUCAGAAGAUGCAGGUGGUAGAAGGGCAAUUAUCUUGUCCUUCCGUGUUAGUGCCAUAAUAGAAUAGUUUCUUCUGGAAAAUAAACAUAAUCACUAGUAUCUGAGCCAGAAAUAAAAACAUAUUUUAUUAAUUUGAACAUAUGUUUAGGUUAAGUGUGUGUAUAAUAUGAUGCACUACUAGGAUACUUCAAUUUACGAUAAGUUGGCAACGUAUACUAUGCGACACACAACAAACUAUCAAUUGCUUAACCCUGUAAGGUUCACUCCUAUUAUUUUUUAAGUUAAAAUUCGUAAAUUUUCACUGGCUAUAAAAAAUCACUGUAGGAACAAGUUUAGAUCCAUAUAUUGAAGUCAUUGUUAUUAGAAAGUGUACUUUGCAAUUGUUGCCAAAUGUCAACAUUGACCGUUACGGUCUAUAAGCGGAUUAAAAAUAUAAUUGUAACAAAACACAUUAAAAAUUGCAAUAAUAUUUUAUUACAAAAAAAAUCAAAGUAUUUCCAUCAAAAACGAAAAACAAUAUAUUCCGUAUAAAAAAUAUACAAGGUGAGACAAAUGUGAAAAUUAUAACAUAAAGGAAUCUAUCUCACAGAUGAAAAUGAACAAAACAAUUAUUUUUAUCAUUUAGGCAUAGCCGACACAUACAUUUUCGGCACAUUAUUCGAGAAAAUCCCGUAGUGCACAUUCGGCAUCUUCCCUUUGUCGUAUGAACUGGCCAAUGACCAACAGUAUCCUUUCUGGUAACAUCUGAAGGUCUUGGAACGACUGGGUGUAUUAUUAUUGAAUUGGACUUAGGUGAUGAUACCGGCCUUCCAGGUUUCGGUUUCCCAGUGGUGGACAAGCCCUUUGCAAUAUCACAUCUAAAUUCUUUUAGGGGCAUACACUUCUUUUCAUUUUUAUUGUUCUCUUUGUAUAGUAACCAUGCGUUGACUAUACACAUGUCGAUGAUAUAGGCGAAAAUCGGGAAGUACCACCGCUUAGCACGACCAGGAGUUCUGUAAAGCCCGACCAGCGAAUUUGACUUAUCAACACCUCCCAUAUGCCUGUUGUACUCCAUAAUAAUGGAUGGACAAGGUAUAUUCGUUUUACCUUUUUUUUCUUUGCAAUAUCGACGAAGCGUAUUUUCAGGGGAUACACCAUGAAUUGUACUUCCAAUCAAAACACAUUUAUUGUCAGCCCAUUUGACAAUUAUGCAUUCCCUGUUUGUGGACUUGUAGUCAUACUUUCCUCUGCCUUUUUUUAGCAAUUCCUUAUCAGAUAUCAGCUGGCAGCCAUUUAGUCUAUUGUUCCGAAGAGUUCCUAAGCUAUAAAUGUUGAAUCUGUGCUUUAGAUAUAAAAAUAAGUUCACACUCGAAAAAUAAUUGUCAAAGUACACAAUGCUGUGAGCUGGGUUUUGGAUGGUUUUAGUGAGAGCAAUAACUACGCUACUACCAACUCCCAUAGCCAGUUCAUUUUCUGCUAACUGCAUGGCAGUGCCAUCUAAUAAAGAAAAAGUAUUUUUCCCUUGAUAUGGAAUAAAAGAGUAAAUCAAUCCCGAUACUCCAGCUCUCAUGAAGAAUUUGUAACCCCAUUUGUGUGGUUUGUUUUUCAUAUAUUGACGAAGGUUACCUGCCCGUGUACCUUUGUACGGUACCAUUGUCUCAUCAAUGGAGAAACGAUUUUCUAUCUCAAACUUAGAGCAGUUUCUGUUGACUAUGUCCAAGAGCGGUCUAAUUUUAUAAAACCUAUCUUGAGAACUGCCAACUAAAGAAUUAUCAUUGAAGUGUAUAUAUCUGCGUAAUUGUUUGAAUCUCCUUAGUGACAUAACAUUCGCUAUAGAUUCAAUUCUUAGAGUAGCCGACCAAUAAUCUUUGUAACUAGGAAGAGAAAUGACGCCCAUGUAGAUAAGGAUAGCAAUAAAAUUAGUAACUUCUUUGUUAUCUGUAUCUAGACUUUUCCCAGUCAUUUGAGUACAAUACAAAUUUGAUUCCUUCACUAUCAGUUCAAUGCAUUCAUAUGAGAAAAACUCUAAAAAGUACUGUAAUGGAUAAUGAUAAUUAUCAUCUCCAAAGUUUACAUCUGACGUAGGUUUUUCAAAAUUAGGUAAAUCUUCCUCUACCCAAUUAUAUACGACAUCAGCCUUUUGGAUCCUUCGAUUGCUCUUCUUCCUUCUUUUAGAAGCUAUUGGUUUUAUUUCUUCGUCAUCUGACCCAUCCGAGGAGCUACUGUUAUUCUGAAUAACUUCAACUGUAGACCUACUUGAGCAAGGCAACGGAUUUACAUCAUCUGCAUCAUUACUUCCGAGGCGUAACACAUCAUCUUCCAAAUUUUCAUUAUCGGAAUCACUUUUAUCUGAAAUAUCGGAUAUUUCUAGAUUAGCCGGCAAUACAGGUAUAAAGUCUGUCUUCUUUUUGUAAAAACACCUCGCCGAAAUGGUUUUUAGAUUUUCGAAAGGAUCCAUUUUCCAAGCUGCAACGAAACAAAAAUGGAUAAAACAGUAUCUUACAUUGGCUCAACCAUGAAGGUUCAAUGUUGACAUAUGGCUACAAUCGUUUUCAAACUUCAUUUUCUAUACUCUCCUAUGCUACUUUGGAUAAUCUUACCAUGUAUUAUGUGUUUUGGACAUGUACAACCAAUAUUAUAUCAUACUAAUGUAUUUUAUGAAAAUUUACCUACCUAAUUAUCUCUCAAACACGCCAGUGCAACGACGCCGGCGAAACGAACUGAACAGCUGCCGGUUGACAUAUUAAAAAAUUAUUUCUCGAUUUCGCUAAUAGAUGGCGGAUGGUAACUGCGCCUAACUUGAGGCUGUUUCCACAUGUCUACAUCGAGCAAUAGAGUGUACAAGGGAUAGAAAACGUUAGAAGAUACCUAAAAGAUCGUUGUAGACAUAUGGCUACAAGGUGUCUUACAGGGUUAAAGAGAACUUGGCACUGUAGAUCAUUAGAUACACAACAAAUAACUAUCCCUUUUUUGAGGAGCUGGCAACGUAGACUACGAGAUACAGUAAAAUUAGAUCAGCAACUCUGACCAAGUGGCUCAUCAUUAUCAUCUAAAUCUAAUUCUAUAAGAUGCACCUAACAUCCAUGUCCUCAAAGUUACAAAUUCUUUGUGAAUAUUUGUUUUACUUUACUAGAAAAUUAUGAGUACUUACCGAUUAUUCACGCCACUCAAUGCUGUCCGCUGACAAGUUUCGGCCAUUACAUUAUAAAUCCACAAAAUAAAUGCCAGAUGGCGCCAGAAGUACCAACUCAAGUGACUGAAUGCCUAAUGAAGAUAUUUUCGGCAAAAAAGAUUUGAUAUGUUGACUCGCAUCGUUAACAGGGAUAUUUGAAUAUGUAGUAUCGUAUAAGAUACAAUACCAAAUUAAGGGUUAAACUUGAUUUUAAGAUUUGAAGAUGAUCGUAUUUGGUUUUUUUAUAGGAAUUUCAUGUUGGUAUAACUAAGGUAUACUAUCAAAGUCGGUAGAUGUAGUUUUAUAUGUAUUUAUAAACUCUACGGGGAUAUAAUUUGUGUUGUCUUAGUUUAUAUAACAUGGAUCCUUAAGGCCUUAAGAAAUUUAAGAAAUUUUAUUCUUUGAACAUUUUUGAAAAAAUCGUAGCUUAAAUAUGUUUCCACAUAUGGACGAGGGUUUUUACUUGCAUGGAGGCAGGAAUGUAGUAUGCAGGAACAUGAAUCGAAAUAUCUCGUAAUUUUCUUUCAAUGGAAGACUGCAUAGAGUCCGCCUCCAUUUGGGUAUGACCCUUUUUUAAAUAUUUUUGUUCAAUAUUGACUCCGUAAAACAUGCUCAUAUUAAUUAGUGCGUUGGAAAUGGUAACAUUUCUAUUUUGGCACGUACAUCCGUCAGUCCACAAAAUCAGUAAAAUGUCUUUUUCGAAAUUGUCUAACACGACUUGUUUAAUAAAAAACAUAAUACCACCUGCUGCUUCACGCCAGAUAAAACAGUAACCAUCUUUAGUUUUCAUAUUGUAGAUGGUGAAGUUAUGAACCAUUAAUUUGGUUUUAAAAUAGAAUGAGGACACAUUUGACUUGAGGCUCCGAAGAACUGCCUGCAUAUCCAUGCAAUAUACUUCAUUUUCUAAGGUUGUAUCCGCCUCCUUAGCGUCUCUAGCUUUCUUCGUCUUCUGUUGGUGUAAGAAAAAUCUUAGUCCGAAAUGUUAGCUGUUCUGUAAGCUACACAUUUAUGGCAUUCGUCCUUUUUCGGUUUAAUUAUGCUUAAAUUCAGUUCGUCAAAAACAUGAGUGAAUGUUGCUUUGGAAAGAUGAUCAGUAUUUUUUUCUUUACACCAUAUUUCCUUAUAACACUUGUAUAAAUCGUACUUCGACGUCCAAGUAGGCUCUAAGUAUAUUUUAUUUGAACUGCUUCUGCAAUAAUGGGAUUCAAGUUUAGGAAUGUUUUAAAAAAAUCUUGUAAACAUUUUUUCACCCCAGUGUAUUUAGAUAUUUAAUCUUGCGCGUUGUCGCUGCUCACAUCAUUUGGUGAAUUUUCAGCAAUAGUUACAUUCCUUUCAUUACUUCCAGUGUACUUUCAUAUAUUUACCUCAAGUGAAUCAUUGUUUUUCUUCAAAUAAUAUAAAGAUGAAAACUGCUAUCUAGAAGCACUCUCAUCUUUCCUAUUUCUGUGUCUUCUUCUUAUUUCUGACAUUCUAACAGUUAUUUUUGUUGUUAGACAGUCUACAUUUACACAACGUGGCCCAAUCAUUAUUUUCGGUUUUGGAAUUGUUUUCCAGACACCAUCAAUUUUUUUUUUCGCCCUAAAUAUUUUUCUCCUCUUUCCCCUAUUGGAUUGGUUUAUGUUUUGCUUCCACGUAUUUUCACCAAAUGCCUGUUCCUGUUUAUUUGUUUAAGUCAAAGUUAAGUCGGGACUCACUGAUGUCAAACAAAUUGUGCGUCACUUCUGUGACAGUACCAACAUAUUUUCGUUGGAAGAUGGCGUAUGACAUUCGUUCGUGGAUGCAAAAGACAUUAUUUUCAUCGUCCUUGAAUUAUACUGUGCCAUUUUCCUGUAACAGAAACAAACUGCUACUGAAACAAAACUUUUUGGGUACUUAACUAAAAAUAAAAAAUAUCCUUGUCUAAAAAAAUACAGAUGGGAGGUCCAAAAAUCAAAAACUAAAGAAAAGUUAAAUUUGGAAACAAUUUUCACAGCAUAUACUAUGGAAACUCGUCUUGUUUUUUGUAAGUGGACCCAUAAAUUAUUUUCCAUAAUUUCAAGAAUAUAUUGUAAGUCCAUUUACAGGAAUGCGAAAUAAAUAUACAGAAUGUAGUAGGUCCAUAUCAAUUUUAUUAAUGGAAUAUAUCUCAAAACAACAACACUCACCAUUCAUACUAUUUGACCAAAUCUGUCUUUUAUUUUAACAUAAUCUAUAGCUGAACAAUUAUUUAUAAAUCAAUAAAUUAAAAAUACUUACGAUAUUUCACUUGUAAAAUGCACCUGUUAUUUACACACUUGCGAUACACACGGACUUGCAACAUUUGAUUAACGGUUUAGACGGUUGUUGCAGUCCAACAUUUCUAUUUGCGACAAUUACUGUAAUGAUAUCUUGCUUAACCGAUAGCUUGUAUUAUUUAACAAAAGAUGGGACCAACAGUUAAUUUUCGUUUGCAUGUUAAGCCGACGAUAUGUGGUAUUAUUCGGCCAGACAAACAUUAGGGAUUAUCAGCAUUAAAACCGCAGGAUAAGUCUUAGAUGUUACAUUCUUAUUGCUGUACUAAAAAAACAACUGCCAUAUUUUACCAAGAAACCUUGAAACUCAGAUUUCUACAUAAUCUUGCUCUUCCAAUAUUUUUUCUCAGGGGAAUCCAAUCUAUGUAUUUCUUUACGUAAAGAUAAAUUUUCCAUGAAUGUAGACAGAAACCUGAACACAUUUUUUCAUCAUGAAGCGUCUUCUACUCGAUGUAUUGUGUAUAUAAACGUGUAAUAUUUUAUAAUUGCUUUUUACAUUAAUUUUGUAUGAUUGAGGAAGUUUAAAAUAAGUUAAAAUGUAACCUGUCAGUUACAGAUUAUCCAUCUCACAUUACUAUGCUAAAAUGCAACUUCAAAAUUGGCAUUUUGAUUGGGUAUAUGAAAAACGGGUUACUAAAAAUUUCAUAAGUUUGUGAUAAUGCUUCUUACGUUUCUAUUUUAAGGUUUUUGCAUGAUUUACAUAUUAUGAAUAUAUAUUUAUUUCAGCCCUAGGUAUCUGUUAUACAAUAAUAU